UCCAGUCCAAUACUGUCUUUCCUAAAGGCCUCACCACUUUGAACUCCCAUCACUCCUCGAAUAAGAUACUAUUAUUCAAUUAAACCUAGACCGCCCGUAACGACUCUCCUAUAUUUUGAGGAACAUGGAGGAGCUCCAGGGAAUGACUAUCCUCUCCCUGCUCCUCGUCCAUCCGUCGAUGGGAGCCAGUAUGUUUCAACUUUUCUCGAGCUACGGAUUCCGGGAAAGUUUUGACAUUCCUACUGUGAUCAUUCCAACCCGUGCUGAAUAUGAUUUCAUAAUAGUCGGCGCUGGUUCUGGUGGAUCAGUAAUUACGAAUCGUCUCUCUGAGAAUCGUAAAUGGAAAAUUCUGCUGUUGGAGGCUGGCAAACCGGAAGGUAUACUCAAUCAGAUUCCGAUCUUGGUUAGCAACUUUCAGCAAACUGAUUACAACUGGGGAUACAGAGUUGAGGAGCAGAAAAGCGCAUGUCUGGGAAUGAAGGAUCGACGUUGCACUUGGCCAAGGGGAAAAUCGUUGGGUGGAACAAGUACACUUAAUUAUAUGAUCCAUACGAGAGGUAAUCGAUUGGAUUAUGAUCAGUGGGCGGCGCUUGGUAAUGAUGGAUGGUCCUACGAGGAGGUUUUACCGUACUUCAGGAAAAGCGAGAGGUUUAGAGUUCCAGGACCUUAUAAUAGUUCCUUCCACGGCGAAGAUGGACCCUUGUGCGUUGAGCACGCUCCCUACCACACAAAACUGGCGAGUUCCUUCCUGAAAGCAGGACAACACCUGGGGUACGAAGUCCUGGACUGCAACGGUCCCCAGCAAAUUGGAUUCUCCUACCUACAGCUGAACAUGGACAAAGGAUCGAGAUGCAGUGCCUCAAGAGCCUACCUGAGAAUAAAACGCUCGAACCUAGACAUCGUAACGGACGCAAGAGUCACAAAGAUCCUAAUAGACAACGAGAAUCGUGUUCAGGGCGUGAAGUUUGUGAAAAAUGGCGUAACCCAGACAGUUCGGGCAAGAAAAGAAGUUGUUUUAUCAGCCGGAACGAUAGAUUCCGCGAAAUUACUGAUGCUCUCGGGUAUUGGACCAAAGCAGCACCUAGAGGAUUUGGGAAUAACUGUCCUAAGAGACCUGCCUGUUGGCCACAACCUCUAUGAGCACAUCGGCUUCUUGGGACUGACGUUCAUGGUGAACCAGAGCCUUAGUUUCCUCCAGAAUCGGCUAGUGACCCCUCGCUACAUAAUGGAUUACGCCCUCCACAGAUCCGGACCUCUCUCAACACCAGGUGGUGCUGAGGCUCUUGCCUUCAUACGAACAAAAUACGCAAUCGAUUCCCGUCCCGACGUGGAGCUCCUCUUCAACGCCGGUUCACUGCACUCUGAUAAUGGUGUCGCUGUGAGAAAGGGUUACGGUGUGUCCGACCAAGUGUACAAUGCAGUUUUUAAACCGAUCGAGGGAAAAGACGCAUUUUCCAUUUGGCCGAUCACCCAGAAUCCCCGGAGUCACGGCAGAAUCAUCCUCAAAUCGAAAAAUCCAUUCGACGAUCCAAUUAUUCAGCCUAAUUUCUUCCAGCAUCCAGCUGACAUUGAAAUCAUUCUCGAAGCGAUUAAACAUGCACUGCGAAUCGUAUCAACUCCACCAUUUGAAAAAUACGGAGCUAGAGUGCACACGAUAAAAAUCCCUGGUUGUGAGAGUCUCCAGUUUGACUCUGAUGAUUACUGGAGAUGUGCUAUCAGACACUUGCCAUCGAUGAUGAAUCAUGAGAUUGGAACAGCCAAGAUGGGACCUUCCACGGACCCCAGUGCUGUUGUCGACCCAAGACUCAGGGUUCAUGGGGUUCUGGGCCUCAGGGUCAUUGACGCCUCUGUCAUGCCCACGAUGCCCGUUGGACACAUCAAUGCUGGAAUUUUCAUGAUCGGGGAGAAGGGCGCUGAUAUGAUCAAACAAGAUUGGGAAGAAAAUCAAUGACGCAGCCCUUACGAUAUUUCAUUUGUUACCGACUGAUA